AAUAUUUAAUUUCGAACAAAUCGCCGAAGAAGACGGGUGGCUUCACCGAUUCGCUUGUCGCGGAAUAAUAGAAAAUUAAAAUUAAAUAAAAUACAACAAAAAAAAAAUCACUUUAAAAAUAAGAAAAUACAACUAAAAAUAAAACCAACAAAAGUAAUACAUCAAUCAACCAUCUAUCGCAUAACAGUGUGUGUAUCGUUUGCUUGUGAAGAAGAUCAAAAAAAUUAAAAACCUUUUGUCUCCUCCAACUUUUAUAGUACCAACUCGAUUCGGGGAGCAAAGCAAAUAUAAAAUCAAGAAAACACCUUCCGCUCUCAAUCACCGUGCAAAGGAAUUCUAUAUCACACAAGAACCGAAGGAAAAAAUUAAAUUUUUCAAAUCACAAUUAAAUUUUUUUUUGUAUUCCUUCAAUCUGUCACAAAAGAAUUUAAUAAAAUAAAUAAAUUUCGGUGUGUUUUUUUCUUGGUCGAAGAGUCUCCCAGAAUAAUUCAAGUUUUCCAAAAUAAAAAGAAGUAAGAAUUCUCCGCGGCCUCCGCCGCUACAGCCGCCACCAAGAGAUCUUUUUUUUCUUUAUUUUAUUAGUUUUUCGCUGUGUUACGUGUGUUCUCUUGAUUUUUCUCUGAAAUUUCGUAGAAAAUUAUAAAAAUUUUCCAUCAAAAAAUCCAAGUGUAUCUCCGAUUUGUGAUUUUUCCUCUGCGAUUGGUUUUGUGCAUUUCCAUCGCGGUUCUUGCACUUUUUUUUUCUGUCGUAGAGUGACCUUAUUUUACCACCAACACCGCAUCGCUUUUUUUUUGUGGUCCAUGCGUGAGUUCAUCAGCUUUCAGCAGCCUUUAAUUUUCAGUUCUCGAUUCGCUCUAUCGCUGUUUGACUGUGUCGAGAUUCACUUGGUUCUAUUCUGUAUCUGUGCAUGUGGACUGGAACUGAAACUCUUGUGAACUUGUGUAAUUCUAACACACAAAAACGACGCGUGCAGCAGAUUUCUUGUGUCUUCUCGUCGUCGUCAUAGUGCAUCUCAAACUCUUGCUACUAAUCAAUAAAAUACAAAAAAAACAAAAAUAGUAGAAAAGUGGAUUUUUGUUCGAUAAGCCCCGGAUGAUUCAUCAUCACAACAAAAAGAAGACCAAAAAGUUCGUUUUCGGUGCAUGUGGAAAAAUAAAACUUUCCGGUUAAUCAGAAGAAAUUCGACGAAAAAAGAGAGAUAAAUCAUUUUAAAACAAAAGCAAGGAAUAAAGACAUUUUUUUUUGUUGUUGUUGUACACACUCAAAGCAAAAAGCAAGGUGAAAGGAAUUUAAAUUUUGGAUUAUUUUCUUUGAGAGAAAAAAAAAACAAAAGGAGAUUUACUAAAGAAGCAUCAGUGGAAGCAGCUUCUUCGUUAAAACUAAGGCUAUUUUCUUCGAUUAAUAGAUGAAUUCAAAGGACCCCCGAAGUUCUUAGGAUACAUCUUUUUCAAGAUAAAUUUUUGCAUAUGAAAUUCUGUCACAAACAUCAAGAAGGCGACUAAGAAAUAAUGAGUCGAUCUUCAAAUCAACGCCAACAGCAACAGCUGCUGGCUCAGCAACAACAACAAAUGGCUGAUAACGAUGCCGCAGCUGCGGCUGCCGAAAUGUUCGAUAUGUUCUGUUUGGCCACAACAAUGCGUCAAGUGCUCGGCCUCCAUCGAAAUAUCUGCGAUGCAAUAGGCCUUCGGCCAGCACCACUCAACGAAUUCUAUCCAAAGCUUAAAGCAAAAAUUCGUUCAUGGAAAGCACAAGCCCUAUGGAAGAAAUUCGAUGCCCGCGCCUCACACAGAGCCUACUCAAAAGGCAAUGCCUGCACCGGCACCAGAGUCCUAGUCAUUGGCGCUGGCCCAUGCGGCCUGCGAACGGCUAUAGAAGCACAACUACUUGGCGCUAAAGUGGUGGUCGUUGAGAAACGUGAUCGGAUAUCACGUAAUAAUGUCCUACAUUUGUGGCCUUUUGUCAUUACAGAUCUUCGAAAUCUCGGAGCUAAAAAAUUCUAUGGAAAAUUUUGUGCUGGUUCAAUUGAUCACAUUUCCAUAAGACAGAUACAGUGUAUCUUAUUGAAAGUGGCCCUUCUGUUGGGCGUAGAAGUGCAUGAGGGUGUUUCAUUUGAAGGCACCAUCGAACCAAGUGAAGGAUGUGGCUGGCGUGCCGCUAUCAGUCCGGAAGAUCAUGCGGUUUCACAUUAUGAAUUCGAUGUACUCAUCGGAGCCGAUGGCAAACGUAACACUUUGGAGGCCUUUAAACGUAAAGAAUUCCGUGGCAAGCUGGCUAUUGCCAUAACAGCGAAUUUUAUUAACAAAAAGACCGAAGCUGAAGCUAAAGCUGAAGAAAUUAGUGGUGUGGCGUUUAUAUUCAAUCAGGCAUUCUUUAAGGAACUCUAUCAUACGACUGGAAUAGAUUUAGAAAAUAUAGUUUACUAUAAAGACGAAACACAUUACUUUGUCAUGACUGCUAAAAAACACAGUCUCAUUGAUAAAGGUGUGAUAAUGCAGGACUUUGCGGAUCCAGCUGAACUUCUGGCUCCACAAAAUGUAAAUACAGACAAACUACUGGACUAUGCUCGAGAAGCAGCAGAGUUCUCAACCAAAUACCAAAUGCCAAAUCUGGAAUUCGCCGUUAAUCAUUAUGGCAAGCCAGACGUUGCAAUGUUUGAUUUCACAUCAAUGUUUGCAGCCGAAUCAUCGAGUCGGGUGAUUGUUCGUAAAAACUAUCGUCUUCUACAAUGUCUAGUCGGUGAUAGUUUGUUAGAGCCCUUUUGGCCAACUGGAUCAGGUUGUGCGAGAGGUUUUCUCUCCAGCAUGGAUGCAGCCUAUGCAAUAAAAUUGUGGAAUAAUCCUAGAAAUAGUAUACUUGGAGUGUUGGCUCAAAGGGAGAGUAUUUACAGACUUCUAGCUCAAACUACACCCGAAAACCUUCAACGCGACAUAGGUUCCUACACAGUUGAUCCAGCAACACGAUAUCCUAAUCUCAAUCGAACUUCAGUUAAUAUGUAUCAAGUGAAACAUCUAAUCGAUACUGACGAUAAGGCUAUAUUGGAACAAACUUAUAUGGAUACAAAUGCCUUACAAGCAUCACAAGCCGACACACCGGUACGCAGGAAGAGACGCACAGGUGAUACAUUGCCAUUGAGUGCGGUUCUACUAAGAUGGAUCAAGGCUCAAUUGCAUUCGUAUGAAUUUGUUCAGAAUUUAAAUGAAGUUUCUGAUUGUUUCACAAAUGGAAAGGUUCUUUGUGCCUUAAUUAAUAGGUACCGCCCUGAUCUAGUCGAUUUUAAUUCAAUCAAAGAACUACCCGCAGCCGAUUGCAAUGACUUGGCCUUUAAAAUUCUCGAUAAAGAAUUGAAAAUCUCCAAAGUUAUGAGUGGCAAAGAUUCAAUUGACUUGGAUAAGAUCGAUUCAAAAAUUUGGCUCAAUUAUUUGGAACAAGUAUGUGAAGUAUUCCGUGGAGAGAUACCGCAUGUUAAGCAUCCAAAAUUGGAUGUAUCUGAGUUGAGAGAGAAAAACAGAAAUAAUGUUCCUGAUUUCUCGAGACUUCUUCAAAUGACAUCAUCGAGAAAGGCUAAAUCUCCAAUGCAAGAUGUAGCAGAUUUGCCGCAUGCAACACAAAGACGUUCUGUAUUGGAUGAGGAGAAGGUCAAACGCCAGAGGAAGCAUGAACCAGGUCAAGGUCAAUUAGACACACCAAGACGAGCCAAGAAGCGAAGAAGUGCAGAAAAGACAACAAAUAUUGAGGAGCGACAACAACGUCUUAAAGAAAUUGAAGAGAAUCGUCAGGAUCGACAGAGUAAACGUCGUAUGCAGCGAUUCCAACAGACUCAGAAUUUCUACAAAAGUCUCCACAUGUUGCAAGUGAACACCCUAUUACGAGAAAGCGAUGAAUCAAGUCCUUUUGAGGACUAUUCGAUAUACAUGUACCGCCAGCAAGCGCCGAUAUUCAAUGAUCGUGUCAAAGAGCUUGAAAGGAAGCUUCUUUAUCCUGAUCGUGAAAGAGGAAUAUCAUCAGCAAUGCCACGCGGUACUGACGAACAAUUUAGCGAUCGUAUUAAAUCGAUGGAACAACAAAUAACAUCGCGUAAUGCCUAUGGCACCGAAAAGAAACCGAAAGAUCUAAUGCGGGCUAUUGGAAAGAUUGAUUCAAAUGAUUGGAAUGUUCGAGAAAUUGAAAAGAAAAUUGAACAAUCUAAAAAGACCGAAAUUGGGUUGAAAGGACGUGAAAAAGUACCCAAAUGGAGUAAGGAACAAUUUGUUGCAAGACAAUCGAAAAUGUCUAAACCCACCAGACAGGAUUCGAGUGAGGAGAAAUUCAAAGAAAUUGAUCAAACUUUGAAAAAUCUAGAUAAACAAUUAAAAGAAGGCUCAGUGUUGGAAGUUGGUGAACGAGGCAAAAAUAAAGUUGCUUCAAUAGCUGGGCAAUUUGUAAAGAAAGAUGAUACAUCGGAAGAGAAAUUGCCACCAACACAACCUAUUGCUAAAUCUAACUCCAAAGUAGCACUUGCAUUCAAAAAGCAAGCAGCAUCAGAAAAGUGCCAUUUCUGCAAACAAACUGUCUACCUUAUGGAAAAGAUCUCUACCGAAGGUCUUAUUCUGCAUCGUUCAUGUUUGAAAUGUCAUCAUUGUCAUACAAAUCUAAGACCAGGUGGUUAUGCUUUUGAUCGAGAUGAUCCCGAGGGACGUUUCUAUUGUACACAACAUUUUAGAUUACCUGCUAAAGCUAUUCGUCCAAUGGUACGAAAACCUGGUCAAAGGAAAUCUACUGCUCAUGGUUCUCAUGCACCAAGUCACUUGGAUCCCAAAACACCCGAAAAACCAAGAGGAAUCACCGAAAGUGUUGUUCAAUUGGAUCUACUCGAUCGUGGUCAGACACCAGAACGAAUUGAAUUCGAAAAUACCGAUGCCAUGUCAGAUGGAGAACCCUCCGAGGAACACAUUAUUGAUGAGAACGAAUGGUCAGGACGUAAUUUCCUACAACCUAGUGCUGAUUCUGAGUCAGAUUUGUCCUCAAGUUCUGAUGAAUCAGAUGAUGAUUCUGAAUCGGAUAUUUUCGAAGAAGCAAAUGGUUCACCAAUUGCUCAGCAAACUCUCCAAUUGGCCACAGAUUGGAUUGGCAAACAGCACUAUUCGAAUGUUAAUAGCGAUGACAGUGAUGAUGAUUUCUAUGAUUCUAGCGAGGGAUUAGCUGAUGAUGGUAAAGAUGACACCGAAGGUGAAGAAAUCAAAAAGGCUCGUGAAAUGCGCCGCGAAGAAGUCCGUCUAUUGCCACUGCCUACAAAUUUGCCAACAGAUACAGAAACUGAGAAUCAAGAACAGGUGGUAGUGGCGACGCAAUCGCCACAAGAUGGCGCUGUUAGUGUGCAAAAGAAUAACGAAAUAAGUGAUAGUGAGAGAUCGAAACAUGGUUCGGAUAAAAUUUCAAUAUCAUCAGCUCCAACUCCACCGCCUACCAAGGCGGAUAUUGAAAAAAUCGAACAAAACUCAGAUCGUAGGUUUAGCGCAGAUGUCGAUGCGAUAUCUGAGAAGCUUUAUAGGUUAAAUAAUUUGAUGAAACUGAAUAAGGAUAUUGAAAGUAUGGCAAAAGAUAAUUUGGUUAAGAGCGAUAUUAUGAAGAAACUUUCGUUAAAAGAGAAAUGGUUGCUGGAUAAUAGUGUGAGUGGGGGAAUUAAAAGUCCUGCGUUGGGGUUUCCUGGAGAAAAGGUAGCUGAAAAAGUUAAUGAGGAAUCGGAUGCUACCAAUAUCGACAAAGACACAAAAGUUGGUGUCAAUAACGAAGGAAAAGAGAAAAAGGAAGAGAACUUAUUGGACAAACCUCUUGAGAGUGUUACAAAUGGCGAUGACGAUCAUGGUGAUGGCUUGAAUAUCAAUCAAUCCUCCGAACCUUCACAAUCGAUAGAGGAAGUCAAACCCAUCGAACCAGAUCAACCACCUAAAUCUCAAGAACAAGUCGAAAAAGAAAAGAUUGCCAAAAUUGCCUCGGAAAAAAUGGAAAUUGAAGGCAUUCUUGAUAUUGUUAAAAUGAUGGACACUUCGCUUAUAGAACCAUCCAAGCAACCCUUACCAAAACCUGCAGAAAGUCCAAAAGUGAAGAAAAAAGAUCCUGGACAAAUGAUCUAUGAUGCUGAGCAAAAGAAAGUCACUAGUUUGAGUGAUGCAUUGCAUCAAAUUGAAGUUAGAAGUUUUGCUGGGACUAUGGAUACCAUUAAAGCUCAAAUGGUUAUGCCUACUGUGAGUCAACAGGCCACAUUGGACAUUUCCAAGUAUUUCCCGAAUGCAAAGCAGGAAAAGCAAUCAUCGGCGUCAUUGAAUAAAACUCAAAAAACUCUAAAAGAUGUUGAUUUGACGAAGUAUUUCCCUCAAUCUCCAGUUCCUCAGAGGAAAUCAAGUAUCAGUAUCCCAUCUGGUGGGGAUAAAUUGAAGAAAUCACAAACUACAAAGGCGGUUGUUAGUGAUCCACCACCAAAAGCUCCACCAAGGCGACAAAAGUCGACAAUAGCAGCUCCAAGUACUGAUAAAACCUUUAGUAUGCAAGCACAUCAACUAGAUGGCGCUAUUGACAUUCAAAAAGCUUCUCCAGUUGUGGUGGUCAAACCAGUUCCAAAAAAAGGUGGAAUUAAAAUUGUUAAGAAAAUUGUCCCAAAAGGAACAAAGACAACAAAGAAACCAGCUCCAGUUGUAGUAGCUAAGAAAAAAAUUCAAGACGAAGCCGAUAAGAUUCUGGAUGAGAUUCUUCAAGAAGGACAAGAAGUUCGUUCGCCAAGUAUUGAGUAUCAAAAACUCUUUACUGAAGAGAAAUCUCCAAGUGAAGAUAUAUCUGAAAGAAUUGAGAAAAUUCUUGAAGAAACUGGCAUUGAUUUGGGUCUCCCUCCAAAUCCAAAGAAGAAACUUCUAAAAGCAAAAAGUCUGGGAGAAGAAGAAUUUAAGAGAACUCAAGAGAAAACUCUUUCCAGAGAAGAUGGAGAUCGUCCAAUAGGUGUGAAGAAGAUCCUGCAACGUUUUGAAUCGAUGAGUUCAAUAAAAUCUGAUGAUUCAUUUAAACUGAGAAAGACCAAUUUGAGCAGCACUUGUAGUAGUCUAAAUAGAUCUAAAGAAUCUCUUCCAUCAUCAAGUAAUCUCCACAAAUCUAAAGAAUCACUCCAAUCGAGUGGUUCUCUUAAAAGUAAUUCAGAUUCAAUGAGUGAUUUAGAAAAGACUAUGGAAUACUUAAAAUCCGAAUGGAGGACAGAAGCUACUAAUUUUCUUCAAAAGAAACGUGAUAAUUUCUAUGCCAAUCGUGACGAAAAGAAAGCUGAAGCUGAAGCAGAGUCUAAAAAGAGAGUCGAACCGGAAACUCAAUGGAAACAUACAAAAUACUCAAAAUUCUUUGGAAUUAAAGAAAAGUCUCCGGAAAAGAGAAAAUCACCAACAAAGACUGGUAAGAGAAGAUCACCUGCGAAAAUUCUGAAGAAGUCUCCUCGAGAAGAAAUUAUGAGACAUCGGAAGAAAGUCGAAUCGGUAAUGAGCAGAACAGCUUCGUUUGAAGAGAAAAUUAAAGCCGAGGAAGAGAGACUUAAGGGAACUGGGUUGAACAAAACUCGUGGUAGUCAAAAUGAUUUAACAAACGGAUUGGACAGCACUCGAAUCAGAAGGGAUUCAGGUGAUGUUGUUUUUGUUCCAGAAAAGAAGAUUCCAGUCCUCCUUCGAAAAGAAUCUGAGAAGAACUCAGAAGUUAAUAAACAUCAAAUGGACACAGCUCAGAAAGUAUUAAGUCGAAGAGGAUCAGGUUCUAGUGGAUUGGCUGAUGUUCUUAAACCACCUGUUGUUAAGGGUUUAAGAGGACAACAGGAACUAAGAAAUAAAGUUGAAAAUAACACAAAUGAUGGGAAGAAUUUAGGUAGAAGAGGUUCUCAAGAAACUUUAAAGAGUAUAUUGAAUUUGGUUCGAACUGUUUCUCAAUCGAAUAUGGAUGAAGAUUUGCAACAGAAGAACCUGUCAAGUCAAAGUCCUGGAAGUUCUCAGAAUAACGUUGUUGCACAAGAAAUCGUAAAAGAAUUAAUAGGAGUUGAAGAAUUAAAGAUUUCAGAAGAAGAAGCUAAGAAAUUGAUUGAAGAGAUGGAUUCUGUGAAAUCUUCUGAUGUUGAACCCAGCUCAGAAAGUGUCAAAGAAGAUGACAUUAUUGAGCAGAUGGAAGAGCAAACAAAAUUUGAAAAAUCUUCGAUAAUAACGAGCGUCGGGAGCACUGAAGCAAGUGAAGAUCCUCCAGAGGCAGUUCAGGAAAUUGUUUCAACGGCUAGCCCGUUAGCUCAAAGUCGUAGAGGAUCACAAAAUGAACCAAUUGGAACACCUCCGCAGCAUCCUAGUCGGAGGGGAUCUCAAAAUCAAAUAUCUUCAAUUGAAGCAGAUCAAAAUGUGACAAGUCGUAGAAAUUCUCAAGUUGAAAACAAAGAAGAUAACUCAAAGAGCCCGCUAGUCCAAAGCCGCAGAGGUUCUCAAGUCGAAAACAAAGAAGAUGACUCAAAUAGUCCCCUCGUUAUUAGCCGUGGUAGUUCUCAAGUUGAACGCAGAGAAGAUAACUCAAAGAGCCCGCUGGCCCAAAGCCGCGGAAGUUCUCAAGUCGAUCACAAAGACGCUCAGGUCCAAAGCCGCAGAGGUUCUCAAGUCGAACAUAGAGAAGAUAACUCAAAGAGUCCGCUAAUUCAAAGUCGCAGAGGUUCUCAAGUCGAAAACAAAGAAGAUGACUCUAGGAGCCUGCUAGUUCAAAGCCGUGGAAGUUCUCAAGUCGAAAACAAGAAAGAUAACUCAAAGAGCUCCCUGAUUCAAAGCCGUGGAGGUUCUCAGGUCGAAAACAAAGAGGAUAAUUCAAAAAGUCCGAUUAUCCAAAGUCGAAGAGGGUCUCAAAAUGAAGCUUCUCCCCAACAUUCUAGUAGCAAAGCCUCUAUAACAAAUGAAGACACGACAAAAUCCCCAUCACAACCUUUAAGUCGUAGAGAAUCAGCUGUAAAUGAAGACAGAAAAUAUUCAUCUGAAGCUACAGAAGAUGUUGAUGACAUCUUUAACCAAAUCAUAACCGAACUAAGUCAGAAUGAUGAAGAAGUAGCCCGCGAAUUGAGUUUAAUAGAAACUGCCAGGGCGGAAAAAGAAGAAGAGGAACUAAUAAAGCAACAAGAACAACAGCAACAAGAAGAAGAGAUCAUUGAUGAAUCUGAAUAUAUUGCCGAAAUAACUGACAGUCCAAAGAGAAGUCGAGCUGGAUCCGAUGAUAGCAUUGAAGAACUAUUUAGUCAAUUUAAAAAUGAUAUGUUAGUUGAUGUUGAAUUUGAUUCGAAUGAUGAAGUUGUUGCUAUAACUCCUCGAGCUGUUCUUGUCAAUGAAGAUGAAGAAGAUCCAGAAGAAGAGGAAGAUGAAAAACCGAUCACAGUGGAAGAAGCAAAGUUAAAAUUUGAACCACUUUUUCCUCGUCUAGCAAAACCAUUGCCCAAAGACUCAUCAUCUUCAAUGAGUUUGAGUCCAGGAAGAACUGAAGAUAAAACAAAGAAGAUUGUUCAAAAGUUAGAUCCUUCUAAUAUGCCUCCUUCGGUUCAAGAUAUGAUGCAACUUAUGAUUUCACGUGAAGAUAGCGAACCAAGACAACCUGUGGCAUUCCCGAGACAUGUUUAUUAUGACUCAGCUGAUGAGAGUUCAAAUUCGUCACAAUCUCGAAAUCAAACUCCCGAUUCUUCUGUAAAAUCCAAAGAUUCCACCACGAAAGAUAAACAUUUGGAAGUAGUUUAUGAGUUGGCAUGGCCAUCGCGUAAAAGAACACCAAGUCCCAUUCCAGAAAGUGCUCGACCACCAAUCAAACCUCCUCGAGAAAACUCCGAAAGACCCAAUUCACGAAGAGGUUCGGGAACUUCCAUUGAAGAAUCGUCGCCGAUUGUGAAAGGUUCUGUAGAUUCUAAUAACAAGAACGAAUCUUCUCAAGACCGACUAUCUUCUUCUCAAAGAGGAUCACCAAAAUUACUUCCCUCUUCCCGCCGAGGCUCAAGAUCUUCAUCAGAUCUAGGACCUACUGAAAAUAGAGAGCCACAAUCAAUGUCUAGAAGAGGCUCAAAGGCUUCCCUUAAGGACAGCGAAGACAUUAUAUUAAGUGGAUCGCCUGCAUUGCUUCCAACACCAAGAAGAGGCUCUAGAACAUCAAUAGAUUCUUCUCAGAAUGUGAAUGAAGUUCCUCCUUCACGACGAAGUUCACCUGCAUUACCAGCUUCACCGCGAACUGAAGAAUUAGUGAACAAAAAUGAAGAAAUCCCAAGUCGUAAACCAACUCCGGCCUCCGACAUCUCACGUGAAAGUUCUGAUCUUCCAAGAGACUCUUCUUCAUCUUCUCUACAAUCCACAAAUCAAAAAGUCUCAAAUGGUUCACCUUCCAAAGUUUUAAAUGAGGCUCCUGAAGCUUCAAAUGAGCUUCAGUUACCUACAACUCCACGAAAAGACUCAGUUUCUCCAAACAAAUCUGCAGCUUCUUUUGCAAGUUCAAUUAAUGAAUUCCAAAGAGAAUCUCCCUCAUCACCACGUACCGAAACGCAACAGUUGUCUAGAGAAGGUUCCCAGAUCUCUACAAAAUCUGCUUCCCAAGCUCAGGAAAUGGUUAACAUUCAAAAGCCUCGAGAAGGCUCCCAGAUAUCUUCAAGAUCUGCUCCCCAGGAGCCUUCUAGGGAAGGUUCCAAUAUAUCUUCUACAUCUCUUCCACAAGCCAAAGAAAUUGUUAACAUUCAGAAGUCUAGGGAAGGUUCCCAGCUAUCUUCAAAAUCUCUUCCUCAAACCGAAGGAAUAGUUAAAAUUCGAACUGAAAUGGGACAAUCACCUAGAGAAGGAUCUCAAAUAUCUACAAAAUCUCCUCCCCGUGCGGAAGGAAUGGUUAAUAUUGUUGAAUUAUUAAAUGAACCACCCAAGAGAGACUCUGAAAGCAGCUCAAGAAAAUCUGUCUUAUCAAAAUCCAAUACACCAACAUUGCCCGAAUCUCCUCAAUCAGCUCGUGCUAGAUUCUUUGCUCAGAAUCAACAAUCUGCUGAAAGUUCUCCAAGAGAAUCCAAAGAGAGGCUUAUCCCAAACAACGAACCAUCUAAAGAAUACAGAGAUCUUUUACGAGCAAAACUUGAAUCUCCAACUCCACGGAAUCCAAGUCAAUCUAGAGAACGAUCAUUGGAAUGGGAUAUGGAACAACUUCCUAAAAGUCCAAUGCCCAGACGUAAAUUUAUGCCAAUGUAUCGAAAUGAAAGUAGUGACAAAGAAGAAUCACCUCAGCAAACUUCUGGUAAAAGUGCCCCAGACAUUCGAAUACCAACAAAACGUCUUGAAGAAUGGGAAAUCAUUGAACAGCUUGAACGAGAGAGGCGACAUGCUUUAAUUGCACGAGAUCAAAAUUAUUCUCAUCAAGUUCGUCAGGAAGCACCUAAGAUUCCUUCAAAGCAAGAAAAUCCACCACCACCAUUCAAUCGACUUGAUUCUGACGAACCUCAUAGUUCCAAGCUAAUUGAAUAUAUUAAGCAGGAAACAUUAAAAGAUUCAAUGAAAUCAAAAGAAGACUCUCCUCGACCACCAUCUAGACCAAGAACUCCACAGUUAUCCAGGAAAAUUCCGAACAAUGAUUUAGAUAAACAAGUUGUGGAACUUUUGAAAACCAACCAAGAGCCAAAAGAGUCACCCAAACCCAUUAAAAGAAAACCACAGAUUCAAAAAACUGAGUCAGUUGAAGCUACAUAUGAAGAUUUUGCUCGUUUCACUCGAAGAUCACCCGAAAAAGAUGCUGAACCCGAAGAGUCAGAUGUCUAUGAGUCUCCAACAGCAUCGAUCUCACAUCAUCGACUUUCAAACUAUCAUCAAACAUCACAAGACUCAGCUUCAGGAACCUACAGUCCGACAAGUAGUCUAUCUAGAUCGAUAGAACAUAUAGCUCCAUCACGUCCGCAUCGUAAUAAAUCAUCAACUCUAUCUGAUAAUAGAGUCGAUAAGGAUACAAAGUACCUAAUGAAUCGCAGCAAGCAUUUGCGGAAUAUGAAACGGGACUUUAUGGAAGAGAAAAUCGCAGGAAACAAUCCAUAUCUUAAGAAAGUGAUUGAAGCUCAGAAAGUCUCAAGACAUUCAGAGGAAGAGGAUGAUGACGAUGAUGAUGUUGAAGUUGAUUAUACUCUUGAAAGCUAUCGCCCUAAAAACCAUACUACACCAAGAUUCCCUACCUCCAGCAGUAUUGGGGGUAGCCGUCGACGGUAUGAACCUAGAUAUCCUGAUUAUACUUCCUCAACGACUGACUAUACCAGCCGACGUCCAUAUAACCCGCAUUUCUCUGCAACUUCUACCUCCAGCUCUGCAGGAUCUCGUAAUUUUGUCGAUUAUUUCAAACGUAGCCCGCCACAUUACAAAGGCCGCGAGACAAGCAAGGACUCUUGCCGAAUAUCUUAGAAGAAAAAAACCAACAACAAAUCUCUCACUCUCUUUCUCUCAAAAUCUCUCACAAUAUAUUUCGUCUUUCUUUUGCCACACAAAACAUACAAAACCAUCAUAAAAUGAGAACAAGUUAACUCCUUGACUUCUACUACUACGUUCCCUUGCUAAAAAAAAAUGAUGCGAACAAUUGGGUACGAUCUCCAAAGGUUCAAAGUGAUUCUGAAUCCUCAUCAGCUGAUGAUGUUGAAUUAAAUUCUGCCACAGAAAUAUCCACCGAUUCUGAAUUCGAUCACGACGAGAUUAUUCGCGAAGCACCGAAAAUAUUCAUCGAUGAUACACAUCUUCG